AUGAACCUGGUCGGAAGGAGCUUGGCUCUGGGCUGGAUCACUACCAUCUUGGUGGUACAGGUGUCUGUGGCAAGGCACUCCUGGUGGGCAUUAUGGGACUUGAGUCCUCAAGAGCUGGAGUGUGUGCACAACUUCCUGGUGAACAGGAGAGAGCUGGAGCUGCAGUCAUCCAAGGUACUGACAUUGGCCAAGAACUCUGUGUUUCUCAUUGAGACGCUGAAGCCCAAGAAGUAUGAGGUACUGGAUUUCCUAGAUAACAGAGCCAUGCCACCUUUACAGGAAGCCCAUGUCCUCAUCUACUUUGGUGCCCAGGAGUAUCCCAAUGUCACUGAGUAUGCUGUGGGGCCAGUUGAACAGCCCAUGUACAUGAGAAAACUGAGCCGCAAGGGAGGCCAGGAGCUGUCAUGGACAUCUAGACCCAUGUCCAAAGUAGAGUCUGUCCUCCUCUUCCAGACUCUGAAGACAGCCAUGGAGCCCUUACAAGAGUUUUUCUUUGAGACCACUGGCUUCACACUACAAGACUGUAAUGGCGGCUGUCUGACCUUCACCUAUGUUGCCCCUCAUGCUAUGACAUUCAGAAAGUGCUGGAGCUGGUUUCUCUUGCAACGCUUGGUGAAUGGCUACUUCCUGCAGCCCACAGGGCUAGAGAUCCUUGUGGAUCAUGGGAGCACAGAUGUCCAGAACUGGAGAGUGGAGCAGCUCUGGUAUAAUGGCAAGUUCUACAACAGCCCAGAGGAACUGGUUCAGAAAUAUGCAGAUGGAGAAGUGGACGUAUUGGUUCUUGAGGACCCACUGCCCAAGAUUUCACCGCAGUACUCAACCUACAAGCCCAGUGCUGAAUUCCAAAUACCCAUGAGCAAGGGUGGUCCUCGACAAGUGUUCCAGCCCAGCGUUCCCCUAUAUAGCCUAAAACACAACACUGUGCUCCAUGGGGACUGGAGCUUCUUCUUCAAGCUGCACUCUUCUUAUGGGCUUCAGCUCUUUAAUGUGUACUUCGGGGGUGAGCGGAUCGCCUAUGAGAUUGGUGUGCAAGAGGUUAUGACACUGUAUAGAGGACACAUGGCUGAAGGCAGGGAGACCAAGUGCAUGGAUGUGGGCUGGGGCCUAGGAGGUAUCACUCACUAGUUAACUCCAGGCAUUAACUGUCCCGACAUAGCCACCUUCCUGGACGCCAUCCACUACUAUGACAGUGACGGCCCUGUCCUCCAUCAACGAGCCCUCUGUAUCUUUGAAGUGCCCAAAGUAGUCCCCCUUAGGUGGCACUUCAACUCCAACUUCAGAAAUAGCUUCAGUUCCCAUGCCAGGCUGAAUGGGCCCAGGCUGGUUCUGAGGACAGCAUCAACAAUCCACAAUCAUGAUUAUACCUGGGACUUCAUAUUCCACCCGAAUGGCGUGAUGAAGGGCAAGAUGUAUGCCACUGAUUGUGUCCAUGCCACUUUCUACACCUCAGAAGGGCUGGUCCACAGCACUCACCUGCACAGCCACCUACUUGGAAAUGUCCACUCCCACCUUGCACAUUACCGAAUUGACCUGGAUGUGGCAGGUACCAAGAACAGAUUCCAGACACUGAGGAUAAGUGUGGAAAACAUCACCAGUCCCUGGACCAGGAGAAGCCAGCAGGUCAAACCCAUACUUGACAAGACUCAGCACUUCUGGGAGCACCAGGCAGCCUUCCACUUCAGACAGACUCUGCCCAAGUACCUGCUUUUUAGCAACACUGGGGAACGUGUGCUAGGUCACAGUCAGAGCUACCACCUGCAGAUCCCCUCUAUGGCUGAGCAAAUGCUGCCCCCAGGCUGGCAGAGCUCAGCAGCUUUCACAUGGCCCAGGUACCAGCUGGUGGUGACGAAGUACCAGGAAGCCGAGCAGCUCCACAGCAGCCUGUACAACCAGAACCACCACUGGGCUUACCCUAUGGUCAUUGAGGACUUCAUUCAUAACAAUGAAAGCAUUAAAGAUGAGGACUUGGUGGCCUGGGUGACAGUGGGCCUCUCACACAACCUCCAAUCUGAGGAUGGCCCCAACAUGGCGACACAAGAGAACUCUGCAGGAUUCUUGCUCCAGCCAUUUGAUUUCUUUCAGGGCUUCCAGAGAUAUCCAGCAUCUUCGACUCAUUACCAGUGUGUACGCUGA